AUGGCUGACUCUGAGAAUUAUUCUGUGCCUGAAAAUAAUGCCACAAAGGCAACAACUGAAAACAGGGAAAGUGCGCCCUAUCUGCCCUUCCGCAUCUCGCUGGUGGUCAUCUAUGCCGUGUCACUGCUGGGUGGGACCCUGGGUGUCUUUUUCAUGAGUCGUUUCCUGAGGCGGAGCAAGAGCAAGCUGUCCAUCACCACCACCUCCAUCAUCAACCUGGUGGUGGCCCACGGCCUCUUCCUGCUCACCCUGCCCUUCCGCAUUGACUACUACAUCUCCAACACCUGGCACUACCCCUUCGACUUCUGCAAGCUGGUCAGCAUUGCUAUCCACACGCACCUCUACAUUUCUUUCUUCUUCUACGUGGCCAUCCUUGCUGUGCGUCUCUUGCCUUCCCUGCCCACCCGGGACUUCUACCGGCCACAGACCGCCUUCAUCUCCAGCGCUGCUGUCUGGGUCCUCUUCACCAUCAGCAUCUUCCCGCCGCUCUGGCUGGAGUAUGGAAAAUCCGCAAACUACACGGAAAAAGAGUGCUUCAAGUUCCAUUCUGAGAUCACAGGCCAUGUGGUGCCCAUCAACAUCACCAUAUCCAGCGUGAUCAUAGUGGUCUCUGUGGUUAUCCUGGUUAUCCAGGUGAUGGUUCUGAACAGGGUAAUCCGAUCCAGCCAGGGCGACCUCUUCUCCCGGCAGGAGUUCCGAGCCCAGCUGAAGAACCUGAGCUUUCUUAUCAUCAUGAUCCUGUGCUUCCUGCCCUACCAUGUCUUCCGGAUCUACUACGUGCAGCAUGUUGGAGAAAAAGGCGCCCUGCAGUGGCACAACGAGAUAUACCUGUCCAUAACAACACUUUGCUGUCUAGACCUGCUCACGUUCUUGGCCAUUUGA